AGGCUGUUUGUUUAUGUUCAUCACAGAAGUAAAACCUUUUUGCGUUUUUUUUUUUAAGGGAAAGUUAGCAACUGUGCAUGUCAGAGCUUCUAUUCAGAAUAAAAGCCCGGUGCAUGUGAACACGUGUCAUGAUCGGAUUGUGCGCAUGUAAACGAUACAUACAUUUUGAUUAUUUAAUCGGAAUACAUUUCAAUCCGAUCAAUGAAUUUUGCGCAUGUAAACACAGUGACCAACCAGAAAACCCAGGAUUUAAAUACCUGUUUGUGUGCGGUUGUGAGCAUGUACGUAUACACAAGAUCUCUCCAAUGGAAUGUUUAAAAGUGACUGUGGAGGACCACAGACUCGACCCGUAAGGGUCGAAGCCAACAUAGGGGAGACCAGUGCCAAGGAUCCCCAGAGGGACCUCAAGGACGGAGCCCCUAGAAGCACCCGGCCCGCCCACCCACCCCCCAAAGGGAUCCACAGGAGAACAGGGAGAGCCCCACCAGCGACCACACGCAGUAACCCCCUGGAGCCAGUAGCGAUGAGCUCAUUGGCGCCGCCGGCACCCACCGUGCCAGAGCAGAUCCAGGCAUGGACACAGAGGCCCACCCCCCACUACCCCACCCCAACCCCCCAGGCCAAGGCCCGACAGGGUCGGGGGACCCAAGCCCCACCGGGCAGCCACUGGGCUGAGCUGGCACAUGCCCAAGCGCCCAGCGCCAAACGUUAACAUUCAACUGCAUGAAGCAAAUAAGAAUCAUGAAACAGUAAGUUUCUGUUAUGAAUAAAAUAUACAUCUUGAAAAUAUUGACUUUAAAAAAAUAUCUUAUUAAUGGACCCAUGAGUUUAACAGAAAAUACUGCAUCUAACAGGUCUGUGGAGCAGCCCUGAUCUUAUUGAAAUCAACAUGAUGUCAUUGUACAUAAUCAUUGUUGUGUUGAACUAAAAAUGGUCUAAAAGUAAAAGUUUAGUAAUUAAUCCAUAAAAAGUUAUCUGACAAGUUUGUGACAAAGCACAGUCCUGGUGGAGCCCAACAUCCCCUGAAGGAAACCAACUAACUGCCAGCAAACUCUUAUAGGUUCUGACUGGUCUGGAGCAACAACCCCCCGAUGAUGUUGUGUAACAGUCUUGUUAUCAUUAAAAUUGGUAUUUGUGUCACAUGAUUUUUUUUACAUUCCUCUUUGUGAGCUUCGUCAUUGAAUAAAGAAGAGAAACACAUUUCCAUUGAGUAUUUGUGUGUUUAGUAUGUGGGUUAUCAGGAGAAAGGUCCAGUUUCAACCUGCUGCAGCUGUUUAUGUUGGGUUAAAGGCUGUGUCGCUCUGAGACUCAAGGACCGCUCCGAUAAAUGUUUCUGUUCAGGCUGGAGCUGACGGACCCGUACAGGUUACACUGCUGUGGACGAGAACCAGAAACAAUCACUGCUUCUUUCAGAUGGUGGAAAUGUUUUUGGCUGUGUGUGUGUGUGCAUUAGCAACAUAUUUUACAAACCACUGGGCAGAUUUAUAUAGAACUUUCUGAAAGUAAUCUUUAUUUGUCCAUCUAUUCACUAUUAGAUUCAAGGUGGCCACCACAGUUUAAAAGAGGUUCAGCCAUUACUUUCUGAAAGUUUUAAAAGAAAUCUGCUCAGACACAGGCAAAACAACAGGGAACACUCCACAGCUGUUUUUGUGGAGAGUCUCAGCACACAAGGAGUUAAUUAUGAGUAAACUGAAGGCGUGUCAAAGACAGUCAGCUGAAAACUACCCACCACAGAGCAGGGGUCCACUCAGAGGGGGGCUGGUUCUGCUCUGAGGUUCUGCAGGCACUGCCUGUAAACAUAAUCAUGUGUCGGAUACUGAACCUGCUCAGGGCCGAGCUGAGGAAAGAUCCUUUCACCUGUCGAGGUUCUGCUCGCAGCUGUCUGAGAUCCAUCUGUGUCUCCUCAAGAAAAGCAGCAGAACGGAGGGAUCCUUCCUCAGCGUUGGGAAAGAGAUGGAAGGACACGGCAGACACAGUCGUCAUCGGUGGGGGUUGUGUGGGGGUCAGCCUGGCCUAUCACCUGGCCAAAAGUGGGAUGAAGGAUGUGGUGCUGCUGGAAAAGUCUGAGCUGACAGCUGGCUCCACGUGGCACGCUGCAGGUUUAACAACUUAUUACCAUCCAGGCAUCAACCUGAAAAAGGUUCAUUUUGACAGCAUGAAGCUGUACGAGAAUCUGGAGGCUGAAACAGGACAGGCAGUGGGCCUCCAUCAGCCCGGGAGCGUUCGCAUCGCUUCAACAGGAGCCCGGGUGGACGAGAUGAAGUACCAGAUGACUCGAACACACUGGCAUGUUACAGAGCAGCACUUCAUCGGACCAGAGAAGGUUCAGGAACUUUUCCCCCUGCUUAACAUGGACAAGGUGUUAGCAGGUCUGUACACCCCUGGGGACGGGCACAUUGACCCUUACUCCCUGACCAUGGCUCUGGCUGCUGGAGCUCGGAUGUACGGUGCUCAGAUCUACAACCCAGCCCCGGUGUGCGCCCUCACCCCGAGGCCUGAUGGCAGCUGGGAUGUCCAGACUCCUCAUGGAACCAUUCGAGCAAAUCGUAUCGUCAACACGGCAGGUUUCUGGGCCCGUGAAGUGGGUAAAAUGAUUGGGUUUGAGCACCCCACCAUCCCCGUGCACCACCAGUAUGUUGUUACUGCCACAGUUCCAGAGGUGAAGGCUCUGAAGAAGGAGCUGGCCGUCAUCAGGGACCUGGAGGGCUCCUACUACCUGCGUCAGGAGAGAGACGGUCUGCUCUUUGGCCCAUAUGAGAAAACAGAGAAGAUGGUGCUGCAGGAUUCCUGGGUCAGGGACGGAGUUCCUCCAGGUAUGGCGUGAUCCAUGCUGGAGGGAUCGGUAAGUUCCUCAGCGACUGGAUUAGGAAUGGAGAACCUCCUUACGACCUGAUUGAAUGUGACCCUAACCGAUAUGGCAAAUGGGCUGAUGUCCCUUUCAUGUGUUCCAAAGCUAGAGAAUCAUAUGGCUUCAACAACGUGGUUGGUUACCCAAAAGAGGAGCGUUUUGCUGGUCGACCAACCUCCAGGACAAGUGGUGUGUACGAGCUGCUGAAGGACAAAUGCUCCAUGGGUUUCCAUGCUGGCUGGGAACAACCUCACUGGUUCUACAAACCUGGAGACGACAUCGGAUACAAGCCCAGCUUCAAACGGACUAACUGGUUCGGACCUGUCGGCAGAGAGUGCAGACUAGUGAUGGAGAAAGUGGGCGUGAUCGACCUCACACCUUUUGGCAAGUUCACUGUGAAGGGGAAGGACUCCAUCAAGCUGCUGGAUCGCUUGUUUGCUAACACCAUGCCAAAGGUGGAUAGAAACGGAGGCAGCAGAGGGCCGAUACGAAGUAGACAUCAGUAACGUAACGGAUGAGAUUGGCGUGCUUGGCAUUGCAGGACCCAGUUCCAGGAAGGUUCUCCAGAAGCUGACAGAUGAAGACAUGAGCGAUGCUGGGUUCAAAUUUCUCCACUGCAAGUCCAUCCAGUUGGCUGGAACUCCUGUCCGGGCCAUCAGGAUCUCUUACACUG